UCCAGCAGCCGCCGGGAGCCGGGACACACCCGGGAUACCGGUGGGGGGGGCGGGGUGACCGGGACACCAUGCAGAGCUCCUCUGUGUAGAGGGUCAGCGUGGAUUCGUCAUAAAAUGUCCCGGAGGAAACAGACGACUCCAAAUAAAGUACAUUGGGAGCAGAUGUUCGCUGGACUGGAGCAGCAGGCUCGCCAAGCAAUGAUGAAAACAGAAAUCAUAAAACAGGAAUCUUCUAUGAUGGAAACAAAUGACAGGAUGAGCAGUGACAGCGAUGAAGACGAGACCACCAUUGAUGACCUGUCUUCUCCUGCUUCAGAAGAGGACAGUGCUGACAAAGAGGAGCCGGGAGCGAGCCGCGGGAAGGACGAGAGCCGUUCUAUUCCCCAUUCCCUCGGGCACCUGGAUUCCGUUCUGUAUCUGUGCCCACUGUGCCAGCUGGAGUGUGACAGUCAGGAGCAGCUUAUUAGUCACGUCUAUCAGCACACAGCCGCAGUGGUCAGUGCUAAGAGCUACCUGUGCCCGGUAUGUGGCCGCGCUCUCAGCUCUCCGGGUUCUUUGGGACGUCAUCUACUUAUACAUUCAGACGAUCAGCUGUCUAACUGUGCUGUCUGCGGGGCCCAGUUUUCCACCCUUGCCACCUUCAACAGUGAGAAGCUUCCGGAGCUUUUGUCUUCAGACUCUUGGAACCAGGACAACGACAAAACCCCCAACGGCGUGGAAGGAAAGGACGAGGAUUUUAACCCCAUCUACCCAGCAGGGGUGUUACUCGUCUGCAACAACUGCGUGGCCUACCGGAAGAUGGUGACGUCUCAGACCCCGCGGUGCGCAAGUGGUCAACUCGCAGGCAGAACGAGCCUGUGGAGGCCAGAAUGCAGCGCUUGGAGCGGGAACGCACCGCCAAGAAAAGCCGGAGAGACAGCGAAACCCCCGAAGAACGAGAGAUGAGGAGGAUGAGGGACCGGGAAGCCAAGAGGCAGCAGAGGAUGCAGGAGACGGAACGAACAGCGGGCGAGACGCCUCCAGAGGGAUCGCGAGGCCAUGCGGCUAAAGCGCGCCAACGAGACACCGGAGAAGCGGCAGGCCAGACUUGUGAAGGAGCGCGAGGCCAAGCGGUUGAAACGGCGUCUGGAGAAAAAUGGACAUGAUGCUCCGGGCGCAGUUUGGGCAGGACCCCACCGCCAUGGCCACUUUAGCUGCCGAAAUAAACUUCUUUCAGCUUCCGGUGGGUAAUGGUGACCUGGAGCAGCAGAUUCUUGGGAAGAUUGCACUGGACGAUCAGAGUAAUGGCGCUCUUCACUGA